AACAGCAUCAACUAGUAUGAGAACAGCUAGAUACAGGAAAAAGGAGAAUUUGGAGCUUCAAACCUGGUCAGAGCUCCCUAUAGAACUUCUUGAAGUCAUUUCGUCUCGUUUAUCUCUAGAUGAUAAUAUUCAAGCAUCUGCUGUAUGCAAGAGAUGGCAUUCAGCUGCCGUUUCCGUGCGGGUAGUCAACCGGGCACCAUUACUCAUGUUCUUUCCCAAAUUUGGUGACCUGUUUGAAUUUUAUGAUCCAUCACAGCGCAGAUUCCACACUGUGGGCUUUCCUCAGCUGAAUGGGUCUAGAGUUUGCUACACCAAAGGUGGCUGGUUAUUGCUAUACAGACCCAGAACUCUCCGUGUGUUCUUUUUCAAUCCUUUUACUCAGGAGGUGGUCAAGUUACCAAGAUUUGAGUUGGCGUAUCAGAUUGUUGCAUUCUCUGCUCCGCCAACUUCUACAAGCUGCAUUGUUUUUACCAUAAAACAUGUCAAUCCCACAGUUGUUGCUAUCAGCACUUGUCAUCCUGGGGCACAAGAGUGGACAACUGUUCAAUAUCAAAACCGGUUACCCUUUGUCAGCAGCAUUUGGAACAAGCUUGUUUUCUGCAAUGACCUCUUUUACUGUCAAAGCCUCACAGGUUGGGUGGGUGUAUUCAACCCACAAGAACGAACUUGGAGUGUCCUUUCAGUUCCUCCUCCCAAAUGCCCCGAGAAAUUUUUCGCUAAGAAUUGGUGGAAGGGUAAGUUUAUGACUGAAAAGGAUGGAGAUAUAUUAGUUGUAUAUACAUGUUCUACUGAAAACCCGAUUGUAUUCAAGUUGGACCAGGGAAACAUGGUCUGGGAAGAGAUCAAAAACCUAGAUGGUGCGACUGUUUUUGCUAGUUUCUUGACAACAUAUGCAAACACCAACCUCCCUGCAAUAAAGAGAAAUAGUAUCUACUUCUCCAAAAUUCGUUAUUAUGGAAGGCAGUGCAUAUCAUACUCACUGGAGGAUGGCAGAUAUCAUCCUCGCAACGAGUGCCAUGACUGGGGAGAGCAAGAUCCUUUCAAGACCAUCUGGAUUGACCCACCAGAAGGCUUUGCAAGAUUCGACUAAUGAAGACUUCUCAAGCUUCAAUGAAUGAAGACUCCUCAUGCUUCAAUGAAUGAAGACUUCUCAGUCUCAAGCUAUAAGUAAUGGAGUUUCUAAUAGAAAGUUCAGUAUGGUAGUUUUAUUAGAUGUUGUAUCUUAGAUGGUUUAAGUAAGUGCUGUUUGUUGUUCUCAUUUGUGAACUUAUUUUGAACUUCUGUUGCUUUGUGGACUAGUUAUCUCGGAGUAAUACAAUGCAUGCAACACAGUUUCAUAUCCUU